CCGUGUUUUUGGUAAAGGUAUCAUCUUCCUCUGAUUAAAACAAAAACGUUUCGUUUAUAAGUUAAGGGAGUCUCAACUUUCAGUUAGGCUCAGGCAGCAUCAAAGGAUUCAAACCAAACAGAAUCAAAUGGAAUUCAAGGGAGAGAGAGCUGAUGGUAUGGAAGAAGUUUAUGAUGAACCAGUGAGCCCAACUGGCCAGUACUUCAACAGUUCAGUGCUCUCCAUCUGCAUCCUUGCCGCUUUGGAGUCUGACAUCCCCAUCGAUACCUCACAGACCAACUUUUUGCUCAACACUCUUUUCAUCCCAAUCAACCCUCGUUUCUCCUCUAUCAUGGUUAAAGACGAGCAUGGUGUGAAACAAUGGAAGAAGGUGGAUGUGAAGCUGGAGGACCACGUUCAUGUCCCUAUCUUUCCAGAUGGGUUAUCACCGGAAUCUUACGAUGACUACUUACAAGAAUAUCUGUCCAAGAUAGCCAUGGAAAGGCUUCCACAAAGCAGACCCUUGUGGGAGAUUCAUUUGAUCAAGUACCCAACAAGUAACGCAGCUGGGACUAUAGUAUUUAAGCUUCAUCAUGCACUGGGUGAUGGCUUUUCACUCAUGGGUGCCUUGUUUUCUUGCUUAAGAAGGGCUGAUAACCCUUCUCUUCCUUUAACUUUUCCUUCAUCAAAGCAGGGCAAGAGUUCUGAUAGCAACAGAGACAGUUUCUUUAAGAAAGUGACUGGGUUUCUCUCAAGGUUCCUCUACACUACCUCUGACUUUGCCUGGAGCAUUCUGAAGAGCAGUUUUGUUGAAGAUGAUCGGACACCAAUCAGAUCUGGCCAUGAGUGGGUGGAGCUCCGGCCUAUCAACAUUUCAACUGUGACUUUCUCUCUGGACCAGAUCAAACAAAUCAAGGACAAGCUUGGUGGGACUAUUAAUGAUGUCAUUACCGGGAUAAUAUUCUACGGAACGCGGCUAUACAUGCAAAUUUCGGGUCCUCAAGAUUCUAUCAAUGCACAUUCCACAGCAUUGGUGCUGCUAAACACUAGGGUAAUCAAUAAUUAUCUAUCACUUAAGGAGAUGAGCAAACCAGAUUCUAAGUCACCAUGGGGGAACCAGUUCGGCUUCUUACAUGUGUCGAUUCCUGAUUUGUCGGCGGAUGUAGAAAUGGCGAACCCUAUUGAUUUCGUCUACAAAGGACGAGAAAUAAUUCAGAGGAAGAGAGGGUCAUUAGCAGUUUAUCUCACUGGCAGACUAUUAGAGAUGAUGAGGAAAUUGAGAGGUCCUGAGACAACAGCUCAGUAUGUCCAUAGAACACUGAAGAACUCAAGCAUGACAAUCUCAAAUAUGAUUGGGCCAAUGGAACAAAUGUCAUUGGCUGAUCAUCCUGCUAGGGGUAUGUACUUCAUGGUGGUUGGAGUACCUCAGAGUCUUACUAUAACAAUGGUGAGUUACAUGGGAAAACUAAAGGUGGCAGUUGGAGUAGAGAAAGACUUCAUAAAUGAAAAAUUGUACAUUUCUUGUUUGGAGAAGGCUUUCACAAGGAUAUUUAAAGCAGCUGUCGUCAGUCCUUGACUUCAUGAAGUUAAAGAGGAGGGGACCCUCAACAAAGUGUUCCAAACCUUUCAAUACUUUGCACCCACAAACCUUCCAUCAGAAUUAUUAAGUGGUUCCACAUCAGGUCACCCUAAGUCCUUUAGUUUCUCUUCAUUGUUGAAUAUGGGUUCUUUGCUUUUUCUUUUGUCCCAUAAUUUAGAAGCAAAUAAAUUAUUGGUUUGUAGCACUCCUAAUGCAAUACCGAAUGAUGUAUGAUUAUAUCUGUCUUGGAAGAGUAGCUACUGAUUUAUCUCA